UUACCCUCCUGUAAAUUUAUCAAGUUUAUCCAAUUCUUUAUUUUUCUUCAUUCCAUUAUAAAAUUAAUUGAAAACUUCAACGUCUUCCUUUCUCUCUCUCUCUACCCUCAUGGAUUCCGACUUCUGGACCGCUCGCCUCGCCGCCGCAAAGCGCCAAUUCACGAUGCAACACCAUCAUCAUCAAACAUCUCAUCUGGAUCGGUUUAAUGUUGAGGAUGUUGAGGUUGAAGAAGAGAUCCGACCCGAUUUUCCAUGCCCGUAUUGCUAUGAGGAUUUUGAUAUUGGGUCUUUAUGCUCUCAUCUUGAAGAUGAACAUUCUUGUGAAUCUAAAGCCGCAAUUUGUCCGGUUUGCUCGGUUAAAGUGACGAGAGAUAUGCUAAGCCAUAUAACUCUGCAGCAUGGACACUUAUUUAAAUCGCAGAGACGUCGUCGCCUACGUAGGGUAGCCGUUCCCAACAGUCAAGCACUUUCCCUUUUAGGAAGGGAUCUUAGAGAGGCUCAUCUGCAGGUGCUUCUUAGUGGUGGUUACAGGUCAUCAAAUACCGCCACAUCAUCAUCAUCUGCUGCUGCUGCUGCCGCUGAUCCGUUUCUUUCUUCUUUGGUUCUUAACUUUCCGGGCUCGGAAACCGAAGAAAUCUCCAAGUCCAAUCCUCAUGUCAAGAACUCCACCCCGCAACACAUAUGGAAAGCGAGUUUUGAUCCUUCAUUGAGUUGUGAAGAACGGGAAAAGAGAAUGAGACAGGCGAGAGGACGAGCUGUUUUUCUGCAAGAUCUGCUGGUUUCAACACUCUUAGGUGAUUAAACCUGACAAUGAGAGCAGGAGCCGACUGCUGAAUAUGUAGUUUGCAGACACAUUGUCAAGUCAUGUGUUCUGAAAAGCUAAUUCAUUGGCUUUCGCCGCUCGCUCAACCAGUGUUGUAUCUUUCCAUGUUAAUGAAAUCAAUUUCCGAUUCGCUUUUGCUUUGUUUAUGUUUACAUCAACAGUCUAGAGUGUGAUUUUACAAGUCAUUUGUUGGUAUUGGUUUGGCUUGUUUGUGAA